AUGCCCUCCACUACGAAGCGCCAGGGAGUCGAUCCCUCCUCCACUACCACUACCACUUCUACCGCUCGCGAUCUUGAUCGGCGCGAACACUCCCCCGCUGACGACGACCAUCUCCAACACACCGCUACCUCCACCACUGGCCGUGAGGAAGAUGAAGAUGACGAUGACGACGAUGACUACACCUCCUCAUCUGGGUCUAGCGAUAGUGACAGCGACAGCGACGACGAUGAGGAAGAUGAAGAAGUAAACCAGAAGAAGACCACUACUACCUCCGACGACAUGCCGCGCAUUCCUGCUAUACCUAAACCUCGUAUCGGCCGCAUUAACAAAAACCCUGACCUACUGUCCCGACUAUCGGCUUUCCUGCCACAGAUGAAAACUGCGAAUGAGAAGCUCGAACAGGAGAUUGCGGCGGGAAGGGCGAAGGAUGUGCAACUGGAAAUUGAUGGGGAUGAUGAUGACGAGGACGAGGACGAGGAUAUGGAGGGAAAGCGGUAUAUUGAGAUGAAUCUGGGACUAGGUGUGCUCGAAGAGAAGCGGCCCGGUGAUGAUAACGAGGAAGAUCAUCUCGAGUCGCAGGGUGGUCAGGACAAUCAACAUGUUCUGCCUGAGAGGCCGAAAUCUGGCAAGGACUCGAAUGUGCUGGAUACUUUGAUGGGCAAUGCGGAGUCUUCAGCGGAGAAGGAGAAGCCGACGAUUGAGGAGAUAUAA